UAUCGAUGUUUCAAAAACAUCGAUGCGUCGUUCGAAACCCUACUAUUUAUAUCGAUGUUUUUCCUACGUUCCUAUUUUAUGCAAAACCAAUGGUGUAGAAAGAUAAAUAACCUGCUGGAGAAGAUCUUCGAAGUACAAACAGAAGAUACCGCAUUUGCGGCUAGCAAAUAACAAAACAACAAGCAGUAUUAACAAGGUGAUUUGUAAGCAAAUUUUAAAUAUCAUUUCAUUGAUGAUAAAAUAUGGAUGAAUCAAAAGGAUUCCACUUUUACCGGCGUGAACUGUUUCUGUAUUUUGGAGUCUACUUUGCUUAUCUCAUCUAUGGCUUCUGGACGUUAUUUGGAUUACGUGAAGAAUUGCAACAACAUUCUGGUCAUACGCGUGAUCCCUAUAACUAUGAACUGGAUAUUUUCAAUAAUUACUGCAAACAAGAUGGGCAUGGUCUACGCUUUUGUAUCAGUUCCUUCACUGCUGACCAUACUACCCUUGAAGAUGGCUGCAUUCGUUUUGGCAAUGCUGAUAAUUUUCUAUUUAGUCGCAUAUAUUGGUAAUAAAAAAGUUGUUUGGAUAGCAACAGCGUUAUGGGUAGCAAUGCUGAAUGCUUUGGCGAUUUAUAUUGCUAAUUUUUCCGAUGGA